GGUUAUCACUUUGCUCCAAAGAUAUAUUGCAUUUUGUUCCUAUCUGUAACGGUGUGUGUUUUUUUUGUAAUUAUGAAGAGGCUAUCUCGAGAGGGGAGGACAAGGUUUUGACACGGAUGGAUUCAACUCCUCCGGUCAGAGCGCGCGGUGUGCUUACAUUUCUAAUGGAUUAAUACCUUAGGUGGUAUUGCCAAACAUAUCGUAACUAUUAGUCUAUAACCAUCAUAUAGUUUUAAUAGUGAGGAUCGAGUAUUGUGUGCUAAGUAACCUAGCCUUUCGCCUAUCAUUUUGUGUCAUGUACUCAAAAUUACGCGAAUACGUUUCAAAAUGAAAGCAAGCCCCACAUCAAGGGCUAUGUUGGGUUUGUAUUACGCAGUUUCCCAGAGGGGCAGACAACACCCUCACGAUUUUCUAGCCCUACGGUGUAUGGAAAGUGAUCCUGGAUGGACCUGGGCGAAAACAGCUGGUCCAUGGUCAAGCAAGAAGUGUCCAGCAGCCCAGGGUCACCGGCUGAACAGAGCUACUUACACGGCGGUCAGGACAGGAGGGACAGUCACGGCCACGCGCACGACUCGGAGGGACUCAGGUCACCGCCGACAACCGAUCAACUUGACUUAGUGGGACACCGGCGCGACGAGGGGCCAGGUAGACCAUCUCUACACUCCUACGUUCACUUCGGACACGGACACCACAACAACAACACUGCCCUGCCCACCACAGAGGACAUCACGCUGUUCACGGAUUUAGACCAGGGCAACAAACUAAUCAUCUCUAGUGGAGCGCACCCGCACCACAAGGGGGGCCUUAUCGUCGACCCCAGCGACAUGUAUCAAACACUAGCCAUCGCGGCGGCCCACCAGAGCCAGGCGGGGUACGACUCGCCCUCUGGGGGCUAUAUGCACUCCAACCCCAACUCUCCAGUGUAUGUACCGAGCUCCCGGGUGGGACCCAUGAUAUCCAGCCUCCCUUAUUUGCAAGCCAGCGGGUCGGCACAGCCUAGCCAUUCAGUCUGGUCGCAGUCUACUCCGGAGAGUCCCUCCUACAGCACCGGGAGUCCUCAUACCUCCAACCGUUUCCAUUACCCUCCAAGCCCGCCAAUGAACAACGUAGCGUCCAGGGAUAACGGCUACAGUAACCCGCUGAAUGUGGGCAGUCGAGACCAGUACGGUCUCCCGCGGCCCCUCGGUGGAUCCUACGCCAGCCCCUACUCCCAGUAUGUUGGACCGCAGCUAUCCCAGUUGUCCUCGCCUUGGCCUGGAGGACCAUUCGAUAACACCAUGUUGCACACUUUGCAAAGCAGAGGUGCGCCCUUGACGAUUCGAGGACCCAAUGGAGAUAUUCUCGACGACCUGGGAGAGAGCAGGGAAUGCGUCAACUGCGGCUCCAUCUCAACGCCGCUCUGGAGACGCGAUGGCACGGGCCACUUUCUCUGCAACGCCUGCGGCCUGUACAGCAAAAUGAAUGGACUCAGUCGGCCAUUAAUUAAACCACAGAAGCGGAUGUCAUCAUCCAGGCGAAUCGGCCUCUCCUGCGCCAACUGUCAGACGAGCACAACCACCUUGUGGCGCAGAAACGCAGAAGGAGAACCGGUCUGCAACGCAUGUGGGCUCUACACAAAAUUACAUGGAGUACCUCGGCCGCUCGCAAUGAAGAAAGAGGGAAUUCAGACGAGGAAAAGAAAACCGAAAACUUUGAACAAAACCAAGGGAUCCUCUGGAAAUAGUAAUUCAGUCGCCAUGACUCCGACGUCGACGUCUUCUUCCAACUCUGAAGACUGCUCGAAGAACAGCUCUCCCAACACGCAGGUCCAGUCCUCUGUCCUGAGUGGACCAGCGGAUGGCUCAGGCUCUGAUGGCUCUGCCGCCGUGAAGUACCCAGGCCAGGAUAGUCUCUACACCAGCGUGGGCCUCACCCAGUCUCCAGACAUAGCCGGCUCCGUCAGGGGAGAGUCCUGGUGCCCUAUGGCUCUUGCCUGAGUCACGAGCUGGGGAUGGAACCCACCACACUAUCCUCUCUCUCUCUCUCUGGAUGUCCUGCUGCUGUGUGGUGGAAAUAUUCUGUGCCUUGAUGCCUUGACGGUUCUGGGUCUGUUUCCUACUUCCCAGCUAACAACAGUUGGACAGAGACAGCCCCCCCCCUCCCCCCUCCACGCUCAUGCAAGUUUGAAACGUCUGUGGAAUAUUUGGGAUUGAUUUCCAGAAUUAUAUGAGAAAACCUUAGUGCCUUUAACAGAAAGGGAAAUAUGUGAGAGGAGGCCUGUUGAUGCAUUCUUGACACUCUGCAGUUCGGAUGUGUUCCGGACCGACCUGCUGUUCUCUCUCUCUCUCUCUCUCUUCUCUCUCUUCUCUUCUCUUCUCUUCUCUUCUCUUCUCUUCUCUUCUCUUCUCUUCUCUUCUCUUCUCUUCUCUUCUCUUCUCUUCUCUUCUCUUCUCUUCACUUCUCUUCUCUUCUCUUCUCUUCUCUUCUCUUCUCUUCUCUUCUCUCUCUCUCUCUCUCUCUCUCUCUCUCUCUCACUCAGCUAUGGAGGUGGAUAAAAUGUCUGAAAUGAAGAAACCUGUACAUAAUGUUAUGGAUUCCCCCACUCAAGACAAAGGUGGCUAAUUGGAUAUUAGUGCUUAAGAAAAGCGCAAACAUGCAUACAGAGGACAUUUUGAUUAUCAUUUUUUUGCAACUGGAAUCAAGCUAUCAAGUUACCAAGACAACCUUCCUGAAUCAAGAGAAAGUAUUUAUUAAUCUUCCAUUGUUGAAAAUAUGACUAUGAUUGUUAAAUAAAGAUAUGGACAUAGAGUAGAACUGAAACAACAAAAAAAUCUUAUAUCUUCGUUUUUUAAUAUACUUUUGUAUUUCCUUCUCUCUUGUUGAGUUAGUAGUUGUUAACAGUGAUCGUAAAUCUGCACGUUUUUCCACUGAUAGCUCUUACUGUAUCUGACUGAAACUCUUGGUUUUAAACAGGGUAUCAAAGACUGCGACAUCCUAUGUCGGUCAGUUUUUGUUUUGAAUGAUUAACUCAAUUCGCAAAUAAUUAAAUCCUACAGAUUAAAUUAAAAUGCUGUUCACUUUAUGGUACUAUUUUUUUAAAGAAAUUGGUAGAAGUUGGGGUUUUUUAGGCGAGGAAAAGAGAGAACAUGUCCGCAAAAUCUUUGACACGUGUACAACAGCUAGCUAAGUACUGUUUGAAUGAAUGGCACCCACAAUUGUUUUAUAGAUGCAUAUUUUUGUUACAAUACAAAACGGCAAAAGAAGACUGCCGCAAUAUUAUCUGGCUGCAACAAAGACUACCUAACUGGUAGAAUCAGUAUACAUUUAUACAUUCAUUUGAUGUUUAUAUAAAAUUGAAAUGAAAAGGCUAAAUAAGGUCAACAUAAAAUACUGUAAUGUUGCUAUAUGGACAAACAUAUGCGGAAUUGAUAAAUUGCCCCGAACAAGUUUUUGGUUGAUAAAAUAGUAAUGGCUGUUCCUACAACCAACUGUAGACUGUCAUAAAACAACAUUAGUCAAUGAGUAAAAUGUUACACAUUUACACACGGUGAUGAAACUGUAGCUUCAAUUGAGAAUAAUCUUAAAUGUGUGAUUUAUGCCAAGAAUUAUGUUUCAGUGACGUGAAAAUAUUCAUAUGUAGGUAGAAAACAACCUUUCACUGGUUUCAAGACAUCAUGACCUUAUAUGACAAAUCACUGUUGAUUUUGGUUUGACUCAACACGCAACAAAAAGUGGAAUACAAACGCGCCCUUGUAUUUUUACUCCAAAUAUGUCAAAAGCUCUACAGUACAUAUUCCUGACUUUCAACGUUUGACGUGGAAAUAUGACUUUCCCAUUCAAUACACAGAUCAUACUGUAUGUCUCCCUCUCCUCCAGCAGGGGUGUGAAUGGCGCCUCGCUCAGCAGAACUCUCGGUGGAUCCAUUUUAGGGCCAGACAAAUUCCUCUCGUUCUCUGGGGAAUGUCAAUUUUCGGUGGAAUGAAUCUGAAGGUCAUUGUGAAACUGCCGUUUUAAAAUGCAUUUCAGUUUCACCAUCAGGGUCGUUCAGCUGAAACAGGGCCUGGUAAUAGUUUUUUUCUGGACUUAUUUAUUUUUUGAAAUAUCAUGUUUAUUAAUAACAUUGUUUUUCCUAUUUUUUGUUUGUUUGGAUAUUUGUAUUUCUUUGGUUGGUUGUUUUUUUUUUAUCCUUGAUACAGUUUUAAAUGAUAUUAUUUCAAUAUUUGAAAUAAAUUGUUCUGUUGAUAUGUGAAUUUUGGAAUAAUUACCCAUCUUAGAAUAUUUUAAGGAAAUCUACACCUUGUUGGUGUGUCGUUGUAUCACAGUGUUUUUGUGGUAUGUGCCAGAGUUUGCAGCAAGAGUUUUAGCUCCAUCUAGCCAAUUGCUGUGAAGGUACAUAUAACCAUUUUGAAAUUGUGAUAUUAAAUAACCCCUUAUAUUUGAAUAAUAUUUAGACAUUUGUUGUUAUAUUGGCAUUAAAUAAAUUGGCAGUGGUAUUCCUCACUUAAAUUAUUUCACCUCAUGAUUCAGGGAGCUUCGAAAAAAGCUAGUAGCCCACGGAUAUUCCGAAAUAUAAAUCGCCUUAGCCUACUUUCCAUUUUUUUUUUAAUUGAACUUGUAUGAAGAUUUCCACUAUAUUACUUCAUGCUGGAAUAAUAAACCAAACGUUAUCAAAACGUUUCAUAAAACUGUG